AUGGGUUUGAACCGACUUACCUCCGAGGACGGCGAUAUGGUCACCGCUGCUACUGCCACCACCACCGCCACGGAGUCUGUCGAGAACCUGCCAGAAUCGUCAGAUUUGGCAAAGCUUCAUCUGAGUCGUAGAGCAACCUCACUGAAGAACUUGAUCCACGAAGCAGUUCUUUGUUUAGAGUUUUUCUCGUUCUACAUCUGGUCGUCAUCGAGUCUGCCCUGCGGCUUCCGUGAAAGGUCGACAAACCAGCAGGUGCUAAUUUUCUUCCCGUGUCCCUCCUUCCUCGCUUCCUUAGGCCUUGACGGGUACUUCUGGUUCUGA